ACGCCGCCGGCCACCAACUACGCGCGCACAUGCCUGCCACCGUGCCGUCCGAUCUGUAUACAUAUAUAGGCAGCAGGCAGCCAUGAGCCAUUGCUCCGCUUGAUCUCGCGCUGUCACAGCCGGUGGUGCCACGCCGCUACUCGUCGGUCGGUCAUCGUGGUGUCGCGAAUUGUGAUCCGGCAACCGGCCUACCAGGCUACAACCACCUUAGAUAUGGCGGCUCACGCCUGCUGCGACGUCGUCGCUGACGGCGCUACGACGCCGGCGGGGGCAGCGGCAAGCGGGCGCCUUAGGUUGAGAAGGCCGUCGAGGGCGCUGAUGAAGAAGGCGAGGAAGCUGAGGAAGGCCGCCGGCGGGAAGCGCCCGAGGCCGGCGGCGGCGUCGAGGACGAAGCGCGUCGCGGCGAUCAGGAGGAAGAUGGAGGCGCUGCGGAGGCUCGUGCCGGCGGCGCCCUGCGGGGAGGAGCGGGCGGACGGGCGGCUGGAGGAGCUCCUCCUGCACGCCGCCGGCUACAUCCUGCGCCUCCAGAUGCAGGUCCGGGUCAUGCAAGUCAUGGUCCACGCGCUAAACGAUAACCCGGAGGAUUGAUGAUGUAUCUUCGCUCGAUCCUCUCGGUCAUGUGAAUCCCUUUCAUUCUUUUUUUUUUCUUCUCUUCUCAUGGUUUGUCAGUUGGCUGCUGGGUGCAGAUCAUUGGUUUGUUGAGUAUUGAUGAGUGGGUUUGGGAAUAUUUGUACGAACAUGCUAGAAAUGUGUUCAAUGCUCAUACUGUGCGUGUGAAGAAGAUAGGGUAUAAGUAGAUCUAUACAUAGUUUUAGGACACCUCCGAGCACCAGCUGUAUGUGAAAUGGGUGAUUAUUUGCAUGUAUGUACACAACUGCUUAUGGGGUUAAGAUUGAAA